AUGCCUGCAACGCAGGCCAGUGCCGUUGACAGCGGCCCAACAUCGCUUCCGAUCCUGCGAGGCGCGGUGGACACCGUCGCCCAUGAGUGCCAUGCGCGUCUGGGAUUGACAUCCGAGGAACUUCAAGCAAAGUCACCGACUGUCGAUGAGUUUUUCGAUGCGAUAGCUGGGGAGCGGCUGCGCCGGAUGCCCGCGGACGGCAGUCGCCUGGAUAGUACUCUCCGCCGAGCGUCGCGUUUGGCUUUUGCGGUUGCGUCGUUGCGCGAUUCGGUCACGAGCUUUAUGGAUGGCGCGGAAGACGCGACCAAGAUGAUAUGGGGAACUACGCUGCUUUUGUUGGAGAUGGGAAUUGACAACAUCGAAAUGAUUGAUACCAUAUUCAGCCGAUUUGGUCGAGUCACAUUGGGCAUUUCGUACUUGCUUCAACAAGAGAACGAUUUCCAGAUGUCUAGGGCUUUACAGCAAGAGGUUGCCGAGAUCUACGCCCACCUCCUACAGCUGGUUGUUCAUAUCUCUGUGGAGUACCGGCAGGUUAUGCGGACACAGAACUGGCAGUCCAUGCACGAGGUUAUCAACCAUGGGUUCUUCUGCUAUUUCAACCGAUUUACCAUCCAUUGGCGCCGGAUACGCAAGGCAAGCUGGACGGCUGUGAAGUCCAAGAUGCAACAUGUCGAUCUGGAAACUGUGUACCAAUUCCUCGAAAUUCAGGAUCGCCCUCUCCAGAUGCUGCUCGAAAGCCAAGCCCACUCGCUUGCAGACGGGUCUUUUUCGUGGUUUGAGUCCCAUUUGACUACCUUCACUGUUGGCCCACGGAGCUUGAUGCUUGUGCGAGGAAACCCGGGUGCUGGAAAGAGCGCACUUGCCCAGUGGACAAUCGAGCGCCUACAGGUCUCUUCCGAGUACGACAUCUGGAAUGUCAUUCCCAUCGUAAUCCGGUCCGAUGUACAUAUAACCACGUUGACCCUUAGCAUUCUCAAGGGUAUUUUGAUACAGAUGCUUGACUGCUGCGUAACAAGCCGCAAGACCCAAGACGAUAUAAUUGCUGUGGUCGCCGAAGCCAUUACUGAGGCCGAGACAGGAGCAUCUGACCCUCAAGUUGAGGGCCUCUUGUGGACCGCGAUUCGCACGGCCGCUCAGUCGAAUCUGCAUUUCAUGAUUGUCGUCGACGGGAUGGAUCAAAUAAGGCACGCCACGAACAGUGUUGGCGCUUUCCUCGAGCUUUUGCAGGCUACCGUUGUCGAUACCCCCUCUAAGUUGAUUAUCUUCACCCGCCCAUUGAGCAAGGAACAGAUCCCUAUUCGCGAGACCAAAACUACGCACCAGGUUGCAAUGGACGCGUCAAUUACGGAAAGCGAUCUGAAAGCUUCAAUCCGCGACCUGGUGACUUACGAUCCGGCAUUCGCCGGGCUGAGUUUAUCUCAGCGGCAGCCCUUGAUACGUGGAAUCGAAGCUCGCUCCCAGGGUUGCUUUAUAUGGGCGCAGCUGGCCGUGGAGGCGGUGCGAGCUCAACACACAUACAGCGAUAUGCAUACAGCGGUCAAUGAAAUUCCCAACAACCUGGGCGGGCUUAUCGACCUGCAUCUGCGUAGCACCAACUUACAGCGUCCCGGCACUCAUAGUCUUCUGGCCUGGCUUACGGUGGCGGAGCGUCCCCUCCGGCCUAAUGAAGUCGAGCAGCUGCUAUCGGUCAACACGCAAACUCACAAGCUAUCAACAUGGUCUGGAAACGUCGAACGGGACGUAUUCGAGCCACUUAGACGGUUGAUCACGCUUCGAGACGGCUUCGUCACCUUCCGCCAUCCUAUCGUUCGCGAACAUAUCCAAGCAAGGGCACAGAUGAAGAAGGUUGUCACUUUCACUCUAGGAGAUGCACACCAUGAUCUUCUGAUCCGCUCGUUGACCUGGGUACGUCGAAAUCUGACGGAUGAGAUACCUGUGUCUUGGGAUAAGAUGACUGUUCUCGCGCGUGACCGGUACCUUGAUGCGUUUAUCUUGCUGGAGUAUACCGCCCGAUACUGGAUGUCGCAUAUGCUCUCGUCGAGCAUGGCGGUUGAUGACGAGCUUUCAUACUCCCAAGCCUUCCAGCGCGCCCUUCCGGACUCGGUACUAUUCGCUCAGUUAGAGCUCACCAACCAAGAGUCUCAAUUCAGUCGCUCAAGUAUCACCACUUUAUACAAAAUAGCUGUCACGGUACGACGGGAUGUGCUGGGUAUGGACUCGCCAGCCGUCCUACAAAGUCUCAUUAUCAGCGCCCGUGCAGCAGACCGAGCUCAGGCACCGUGGGCUAACGACCAUCUGUACGAUGCAUGGACCCGCAGUCGCAUGCGGCUGGGUCCGACCGAUACCAUCACACAUGACCUUGAGCAGCUCCUUGUAGCGACUGCUGAAGGCGCUGGAAAAGCGGACCGUGCAGCUGGUCUCAGAACAGAUGCACUCCGGGGUAUGGCUUUGGACGGGUGGGAGUCAUCGGAUAUUAGCUUCGCUCAGCGAUUGCAGUAUCUUGACAGGCUUGUUAAGGCUUGCGAGAAGGAAAACAAACAUGACAAGGCGUAUGAUGUCUCGAAACAGUUCUACCACAAGACCGUCAAGGUAUACGGACCGUACUCAUCGGAAACAAUGGCUGCGGCGGAAUAUCUCACCAACAACUUCCGAAUCGCCCCUCCGGAUGAUCUUGCUUUGGAGCUUGCCCAGACAAAAUACGAGACUAUGGUUCGCUCGAUGGAUGCCUCGGAUCCGCGUCGGGUGGAAUACUCGCUCUCGCUGGCCAAGAUGUACGAAGAGAAUUCGCAACCGGCUAGAGCCGAGGAGGUCUUGACGAAGUUGUGGCAGAGUCUAUACGGCCCGGAUAAAGAACACAAGGCGCCAUGGGACCAAAAGACCAAGGUCGUAUUUUAUUAUUCCAAGUUCCUUAAGCGGCAAGGCAACCAUGACGAUGCCGCCGCUCUCCUCCGCCAGCUGUCUACUGAUCUGGAGGCAGAAGGAGGUGUUCGGUCUUCAGCGAUGGCCAGUCGUGCACAGCAGUUACGGCGGGAGGCUCGCGAGAUGCAACUCUAUGACAUGGAUCGCGCCCUAGGAAUGCAGUUGUGGAAGUACUACAGGUCCACAGACCAAAUGUACCACCAUGAUGCCAUAACCCUAGCACGGAGCCUUACUGAAGGAGCUAUCCCUGCGGAAGGACAUGCAGCCGAUAUGGGUAACCUUUCAGUAGAGGAGAACAAAAUGCUUCCUGAAUGGAUCGACAGCAUUGCGUCUGCCGCGACUGAUGAAGCUAGCCGGCGCAUGCCGCUGCUUCGACUAUGCCAUCAGUUGGCACGUCAGCACAUGAAAGACGGUCAAUGGCAGCAGGGAAGUGAAAUCGUUUGUGCGGUUCUAAAACAUACAUGGCCUAGUUUUGAGGACCCGGCGUCCAAGGACAAGUUCUCAUGCGACGAGGCUCCCACGAUGGCUGAUCUAGCGCAGGACCACGCAUACUGUCUAUUCCGCCGACUGGAUGUUCCGGCAGCAAGUGUUGUCUACGGAAAUGCGUUCAAGGCCGCCAUAACGGCUGAGCAGGUAGAGGUGCAGUCUGUUACAACAGUUGUCAAGACUGUGGUGGACUUCUACGAGAGCACCUUCCAGUUCGACAAAGCGCUGGUUCUUUUACGCCAGGUCAGUGAGUUCUUUGCGUCGCGGCUCGGUGAGAAGGAUAAGCACACCCUUGACAGCCGCUACUAUGAGGGUGAUCUCGCGUUCCGCUUGGACCGCCGUAUAGAAGCCGAAAGCAGUUACCGUCAUAUUUACAAGGCGUCUAUCAAGGAUGGCAAGAUUGCAGCGUCGGGCGUACGUGCUGCUGUAGCCCUAGUGGCACUCUACGAGCAGAACAAAAAUUGGGAUGCAGCCUUGGAGGUGUACCGGCACCUGUGGCCGACACUGGUGCGCUUUGAUGAGAAGGAUGGCUAUGACCGCGCUCUUCUUGAGGGCUUACUGCCCAAGACAUACUCCGCUUACAUGUCGCUCCUGAUGCACCCCGCUAUCAAAGCAGGAUAUACGGAGCGCCUUCAGGUUGCCUCUGAGCAUCAGCAGCUUUGCCGCAAGCUGUACGGACCGACACAUGCUCGAACCCGCGACGCAACGCUUUCAGUUGCGGGGCUUUCCGCAGAAAGCGAUCAGCACUCGGGCGACGCGAUCCAUUUGUACCAGCAGGUCUUGAACACACACGACUGGGUUCCGCAGUCUGAAGCCACCCAUUCCUUGAAGGACAUGAAGGAUCCCCUUUCGAUUGACAUCAAGCACCGCAUGGCACAGCUUUAUCUGCGUCACCGUCAAGCAACACCCGAGGCGCGUAAGCUGUACAUGGAGGAGCUUGCGCUGGCUAAACAGCAGCAAGGCUUGUCGGCCCCGACGACACUGCAGUGGCUGCAAGAGAUCUGUCGGAUGUACUCCAGUUCCGAGUCUACCACGUUGCGUCAGCAGGGUGCAAAGAUUCUAGGUGGCCAUGCUGAGGAGGUCAUUCGUGUCACUGGAAACCAGCAGACCCUUGCUGAUCGCGGCCGCAAGCUAGCGGAGAUCUACUUGGAGUGUGGGUACAUCGAUGAAGGCAAUGCACUGAUCAGUAGCCUACGCCAGCAGGUUAUCGAAGAGACUCCAGCUACGCAUCGUCAGGCCUUGGAUGAACAUCGACCAGCAGUUUUUGUGGCGGCAUUCGAGGAGGUUUUUGGCAAGCGGCAGUCAGCGCGGGAGAUCCUUGACGAAUUGACUCACGAAGGGCAGGUGUACAACAACUUCCAGCAGAGCCUUACGAGCCACGACCUCAUGCCCACGCUGGCAGCUGGUGACAAGCUGCUUCGUCUCCAGAACCAGCAGAAGCAAACCCAAGCGGCCAAGAAUACCGAGGUGCAACUUUAUCAGUACUUCUGUAAUACGCUGUCCGUGGCGCGGCCUAUGCGUUCGAAAGAAGUUGUCCAGGUCUUCUACUCCAUGUGUCGCCGCGAGAGCCUCAACGAAAACUACACUUUCGACAUCGUGACCGAACUUACUGGUCUGGUGAAGGAUAUGUGCAACGCCUCUAGAUUCGAGGAUGCGGCUGUCGUUACGGGCGUGUUCCAUUCUUUUGCGCAUCUGACUGACAGCUUGCGGGCGAUGGAGACUAUCUUCACGGCUGUCAAGCUUUGCUUGUAUCUUAGCGGGUAUCAGGUCAACAAGUGCACGGACGAGGGCGUAGCGAAGAGAAUGUCCGUUGAAUCGGAAAUGCUCCUACAGGGGAUCAUGAAGACGGCAAAGGAGUUGCCGCUGCAGUUCACUGAGCUGCCCUUUACCGAGCUCAACGAUCUCAUCACUGUGCUGGGCGAGCAUGAGAUGUUCGAAGACCUUGAGUCCAUCCUCACCGAGCUCUGGACGUCCCGUAUGAUCCAAAAGACCUGGUCCCUAUCCGCAGUCGUCUGGAUCGGCCGCCGCCUCGUCGAAACGCGCUUCUGCCGCGGCCACGUCAACGCCGCAACGCAGCUCGGCAAAGACAUUUGCUACAACCUCCGCCAAGUCUGGGGCAAUACUGAUCCGGUAACCCUAGAAAUGAACAAGCUGCUCUCUGGGCUAUACACCGCAUCCGGGAACUAUCUCGCCGCAGCAGCACUGCAUGAGACCGCUCUCGCCGAACUCCUGAACAGCGAUGAACACGGCAAAAACGGUGCCGUUGAAGCAGUAACACAGCAUCUCGAGCUCUUGCAGCAUGCGCAGAUGCGUCUAGCCAAGGAGGGCCAGAGUGCCGCGAUUGAUGCCGCGACCGCACAGGAGCGCGUGCAGCAGAUUGCGACAAAGUUCGGACUCCCGAUUGAGCGAUUGCAGGCUGCGUCGAACGAUGAGUCGGUGGGUAUGUGGCAGCGGCCAAGACGGUUUAGUCUUGACGUGGAGGAGGCGGCCAAGCAUGAGAAUCACCUCCGGCAGUCGAGCGGGUCGGCGCUGCUCACGGGGAAUGGCGGUGCGAAGCGGAUUUCCAUCACGGCAUUGUAA